UUUUACCGCAAGUUCAGACUCUGCGCUUAGUGUGAUAGAAGUCAGACACUACCUCUUAAAGCCACUUCGUUACCGUUGCCGUUUUGUUUUCCUUACACCUGAGCCGGAGUUUCGGAGGAUUUGUAAAAGUUAUGCGUAAAAAAGCGCAUCGUCGUGACGCAGCGUCACCGCUUUGGAUGUAGAGGUCUCCCUGGAAAGAUCUGACAGUUGACUUAUCAACACAACGAUUUCCCGAUGAGGAUUCUAAAUGUCAUGAGGAUUUUGUCGCUGUUGGUGUUGUACUUUUUUGAUUUAUCGGAUGCCGUGACCGACUUGACCAUGAUCUCCACGGCUGAGGUCACCAACAUCAAUAACUUCACCAUCACUUGUAUCAACGGAGAGCGCAGCCCAGCUCAGAUCAAGCUGGAGAUCAAGAGGGACAACAGAAUCCUCGUAUUCCCCAAGAAGCCCAGCUUUAAGGUGCACAAGUCCAGUAGCAAAGAGAUCGUGGCCAGGGGCUUCCGUGACCUGGAUUAUAUGGGUGUCUUCUACUGCGAAGCCACAGAGGAAUCUAAACAACUUCACAAUGUCACAAUGAUUAACAACGUAGCCAAAGUAAAUUUUAUCCCGAAUCACCUCACGCUCACUGCUAACAAAGGAGAUACAGUUCAUCUCAGCAUGCAGCUCCACAGCUCCCAAAGGAGAGACGUGACGUGGAAGUACAACGGUAACUACUAUUAUAUGACUCACUGGAAUGAUGUGAUCAACCAGACGGCCGUUCUGACUGUGGAGAAUGCAGCCUUUGACAAUCAGGGUAUCUACAGCGCCAGCCAUGUUGGGGACAGCCCCCUCCACGGCGCCUGGAUGAGGCUCAUAGUCAGAGCCUGUCCCGGGAACAAGUGGGGCCCUCAAUGCGACAGGGAGUGUCCAGAGUGCCUGAACGGCGGGGUGUGUCAUGACGUGGACGGAGACUGUGUCUGCCCCCCGGGAUUCAUGGGAACACGCUGUGAGACAGCCUGCAGAGAAGGAAUGUUUGGCCGAAACUGCCAGGAAUCGUGUGACUCCGGGCUCAACUGCAAAGGGCUUCGCUUCUGCCUACCAGACCCUUAUGGCUGCUCCUGCGCCAGUGGCUGGUUUGGGACGAACUGUGAUAGGGCCUGCCACAACGACAUGUACGGACCCGACUGCAAGCUGAGCUGUAAGUGCCAGAACGGAGGAGUCUGCAACCGUUUCAGUGGAUGUCAUUGUCCGACAAGGUGGAGAGGGCAGAACUGUGAGAAGUCCGACCGGGCUCCCCAGAUUGUGGACUUGGAGGACAACGUGGAGAGGAAUCUGAACUCCAACCUCAAGAUCCAUUGCUCGGCCACAGGCAACCCCCUGCCCAGCCACGACAGCAUCGAGCUGCGCAAGUUGGACAGCACUGUGCUUCGGGCCUCUCGCACUCUCAUGGACUCCAAUAAGAGCACGGCCCUGUUUGAGAUCUCUCGUCUGAGCACUCAGCAGGAAGGACUGUGGGAGUGCCGGGUGUCCACCAACGGGGGCCAGGACUCCCGCAAGUUCAACCUCACCAUUAAAGAGCCCCCGGUGCCCACUACGGCUCCAAAGCUGCUGGAAAGGAGGAGUAAGCAGCUGCUGGUGGAGCCAGUGGGCUCCUACAGAGGAGACGGCCCCAUCAUCUCCACCAGACUCCUCUACAAGCCUGUUGAGAAUGGCGUCUCUUGGUCCUCCAUCAUAGUCUAUAGUGAAAAAGAGCCCAUCACACUCAUGAACCUGGAGCCUUCUACGCGUUACUGCGUCCGAGUCCAACUGAGCCGACCCGGGGAAGGAGGAGAGGGCGCUCCGGGCCCAGAGACCAUCAUGGAGACUGACUGUCCUGAGCCGACAGUUCAGCCCGAGAUUGACAUCAGCUCGGUGGAAGGCCGCAACGUUACAGUACGCUGGCAGCUGCCUCCCAACAAUGGCGUUAACGCCCGCACAGCCAGUGGCUUUUUAGUGCAGCUCUUCGGGCCAAACAGCGAGAAGCUACUGGAGGCAACCACCCUGCUCACUGUGCUCUCCUACAAGUUCCACAACCUGAAGCAUCAGCGACACUACACCGCGGUGGUGCGCCUCUUCAACUGUGGCAGCCAGGGGCCGCCCUCCAAACCCUACCACGUCUUCAUCAACAGCCAGGUCCCAUCGUCGCCGCGCAACAUCCAGGCCCUGCCCCUGUCCGUGUCGGCCAUCCAGGUGAGGUGGCAGCCCCCGGAGGAUCUGAACGGAGGCAUCAAGAAGUACAUCAUAGAGUACCAGCCGGUCGACCAGGGGAGCCCCCACAUCUGGGUGGACACGGCCGACGGGAACAAGACCACCAAAGAUGUGACGGCACUCAACGGCAGCACGCUCUACCAGUUCAGAGUGAGUGCUUUCUCCAAUGUGCCGGGAGAGUGGAGCAAGUUUGUUCAGGCGAAGACGCAAGGAGAUGGCCUCGAGAGUUCAACCCCGACCACCAAGGGUGUAGCCGGGAGGUCUCCUGGGGACAGCUACCAGCUGCUGGUGGCGGUGGUGGGCUCGGUGACGGUCACCUGUGUGACUAUCAUGUUGGCGCUGCUGGCUCUUUUCUUCAUCAGGAAGACGCUCCUCAACCGUCGGCGAACGUUCACCUACCAGUCCGCAUCGGGCGAGGAAACUAUUCUGCAGUUUAACUCGGGAACUCUGACCCUGACGCGAAGGCCUAAGCCCACACCAGAGCCCCUCACCUAUCCGAUCCUCGAAUGGGAGGACAUCAAGUUUGAGGACGUCAUCGGCGAGGGCAACUUCGGCCAGGUCAUCAAAGCCAUGAUCAAGAAAGACGGCAACAAAAUGAGCGCAGCCAUCAAGAUGCUGAAAGAGUUUGCAUCAGAGAAUGACCACAGAGACUUUGCAGGGGAGCUGGAGGUGCUGUGCAAACUAGGGCAGCAUCCCAACAUCAUUAACUUGAUAGGAGCCUGUGAGAACAGAGGUUACCUCUACAUAGCCAUUGAAUACGCUCCCUACGGCAACCUCCUGGACUUCUUGAGGAAGAGCCGCGUGUUGGAGACCGAUCCGGCCUUUGCAAAAGAGCACGGUACCGCCUCCACUCUCACCUCCCAGCAGCUGCUGCAAUUUGCCGUGGACGUGGCAACUGGGAUGCAUUACCUCAGCGACAAACAGUUCAUCCACAGGGAUCUGGCGGCAAGGAAUGUCCUCGUAGGAGACAACCUUGUGGCGAAGAUAGCAGAUUUCGGUCUGUCCCGCGGUGAGGAAGUUUAUGUCAAGAAGACGAUGGGCAGGCUGCCGGUCCGCUGGAUGGCUAUCGAGUCUCUGAACUACAGCGUGUAUACAUCCAAGAGUGAUGUGUGGUCAUUCGGUGUUCUCCUUUGGGAAAUUGUAAGCUUAGGUGGUACGCCAUACUGCGGGAUGACGUGUGCCGAGCUUUAUGAAAAACUGCCACAAGGCUACAGGAUGGAGAAACCCAAAAACUGUGAUGAUGAAGUUUAUGAGCUAAUGAAGCAGUGCUGGAGGGAUCGUCCCUACGAGAGACCCCCCUUCUCCCAAAUAUCCGUUCAACUCAAUAGGAUGCAGGAGGCCAGGAAGGCCUAUGUGAACAUGGCUCUCUUUGAGAACUUCACCUACGCUGGGAUAGACGCCACCGCUGAGGAGGCCUGACUACCAGCCCCCCCAGACCCUAGCAUGCCACGAAGCUCCAAGAGAAAGUCGCGAGGGAGGACGCCACGUUACUGCCACCUCCCUGCCGCUCAACGCCAGGACAGGAGGACAAGGCGCUCGACCACAACCACCCAGCUAUAGAUGGAGGACUGUGAAAGGACACUGUAUGGAAUUAUUACAGGAGUAUGGCUGGGCCUUCGAUGGAAAGAUGCGUCUUGUUGCUAACCUUUUGGAAAAUCCUACCACCUGUCGCAAAACAAUAUCCGUCCAGGAGGAAAGAGACAUUGUUCCUCUUGCUUUUACAAAGGUUGUGAAGUGUUGAGGAAAAGUGGCAAAUAUGGAGCUAUGUGACUUGCUUAAACACCACAGGGUCUGUGGGGUGCCAGUGCUGGGAUUUGCUCUCCGUUGUUCAAAAUGGAGUAGGAAAUCUUUUCAUAGAGGUGUAAUUAAAGGACACGAUAAUGUAUGUUCUCAAACUCUUUGAGAGUGAAAUGAAAUCAAAAGACUUUCAAUGUAGCACUUAAAAACAGCCUUAUCCCUGACAUUUUUGUGUCUAUUAGUAUUUGCCUAUCACUGCCAUGUGAAUGUAACUACUACUGUAUGUAUUUUGCCUCUCAUUUAAGAAUGCAUAGAUGUAUAAAAGCCUCGUAUUGGAAUGUAGUCAGAGUUACAGACUGGUUAAAGUGCAACCAGCCAUAUUAAUGUGUUCAAUGCAAGAGAGCAGUUAUUUGGAGAAUGCCACUUCUACAGGGCAGAUAUACAACCAGUUUACCAGCUAGCACUAUUAUAGUUCUCUGUUAACACUAUGCAAUCUAACAUUAAUGGUAGUAUAUAUAUAUAUAUAUAUCUCCACUAUGUGAGAAUGUAGAGUAUGUGUUCAUAAACUGGUUUCUUGAAUAAAGGCCUUGUGUGGUGACUGGACUCAUCACCUCAAGAUGCACUUAUUGUGAAAAUGUUAUUUCUGGGACGCUGGGGGGGCACACAGAGAAAUGAGAAACUCAAGGUGAACAUGUUUGAGGCUCUAGGAGAACAAAAUCCUGGACAAGUUUGAAAUUGUUUCAAUGUUUGAAUUUGACACUUUUUUAGGUCUCAAAAAGAGGACGUCCGGUCACCCUAUGUAAUGUUGACAUUUGACGAAUGUUAUUUUUAAAGGUGUCCCGAUACUGAUCCUCACAAGAGCCAUAGUUUCCUGGUUAACUUGUCCAUAACAGAUAUUAAGUGCUUUUUCCUUAAGUGUCCACUGGUAAGCAGUGGGGAGCUCAUGUUCAGACCAACAUAAUCACAGAUUACUUCUUCUCAAUAAGAGACAUGGCAUGCUACGUGCUACUAGCAUGUAGUAUGUGCUGUUCUAGCAGGUCAGCACAUCUUCUGACGUCUUUUUGAUAAGCUGGUUGUAGUUUAAUGACCAUGUAUUUUCUGCAUCCGUGAGAACCUAAAACCUAACCUAAAACCUUGAUUAACAGUUAGCUAACCUACGUACCUUUGCUUUGCCUUUUCUUGUGGUUGGUUACAUAUUGUAAUCCAGAUUCUAUGAGAGUGAGUAUUGUAUUUUGCCGUGAGGUGGUAUCAAGUGCAGUUGUAUCUGGGCUAUUUUAUGAGAGCAAGUACAUGAGCACCAUGUCAGGCUAUCGAUAUUUGGGUGAAGCAAGGCGGAGAUGCAACAGGCCAGGGUACUGGGGCCCAAAGUGCCCUCAGAGAGCUCAGGAACACCGAUAUGCCCGGCUGCACUGAACUGAUCUGUCACUGGGUUUCCUCCACAAAUCAACCGCAGGCUCAGAACUGCCUGUCAAGCGUGGUUUCAGAGGGCCAGCUUCCGGACUCCCACACAUGUGUACUGUAAUAAAGGAACAAGCAUGCCAUUAUAUUUAUUUUUAUCCCAUGUCAGUCAAAAAUCGAUGUUUUACAUUGCCUACAAACCCCUCUGUGACCUCAGCUUCUGGGUUCUUUGUGUAGAAGAAAUGGGAGAAAUCAAUUUCUAUCCAGCAGCAGGUGUUAAUUUCAUGUGUAUUCUUUGUAAAAAAUGUUUUCUAGAGCAGGAAGGAAACAACACUGAAGUCCUGGAGCCCAUUUUUAGAGGCUGCCCCAACUGCAGACAUCCGUAGACUUGUGGUCCAUCCUAAAGGUCAUACACACACACAUUUUAAGUGAAUGCUUUGUAGUAUAUUAUCUUCUUGUUUUUCUCUUCUGUCCCUUUUCCUGUGUUUGGGGUUUGUGAAGUGUGUAUGAAGUUUAAAGGUCAAAAGGUCAUUUACCAGAUGCCGGCUCGUAUAACUAACUAGACGUAAGGAGAUAAGUUUUGUUUGUGUAUGGGGAUUCUUGGAGAUGACCAUCAUAUAUAAGGUGACGGUGGGAGCUGAACGAGAGGGGAUUCUACAAUUGGCUCCAGAGGCUCCCUCAGAUUCAGCAAGAGUUUUUGACGUUGUUCUUUCUUGUAAUAAACCUUUUUUGAAUGCAA